CUGGGAGGUACGCACAGUCAACGAACUUACUGGGGAGGAAGUGAACGACGUGAUGAUAUUUGGAGUUCUGAGUUCCUGGAACAAAUCGGAAUUAAUGAUCCCGCCGUUGUUUUUCAACUACGGCUACUACAAAAUGGUAUACACCGUCAAGAUGGAAGAUCCCAGCUUCCAACCAUGGAUGAAGUUCCAGAAGUCAACACAGACGUAUAUCAAAAUAAUCAAGUCUCCCCUGAACAUUAUGGCUGUCGAAAAUGCAGUUUCUCGCUUCACGAGAGGAAUAGGGCAGGACAUGAUACUGGAGCCUGUCAAGUUUUCUUCAGAUCCCGAUUGGCCUGAUACGAAGAAUUUCACAGUCAGCUACCGCUGCAAAAAGCUGGGAGAAACUUGGCCGAAUUCGUCUACAGCUCAACCAGUUACCCCUAAAGGACCCCUAUCAACCGGCUGUUUUGGAUACGGUCCAGGUCUUCUGGACAACCCGGACGAUUACUUGCUGGUGACGGGAUACCAGUUCACGGACUUUAACACGACCUACGAGCUGGAGGUGACGAUACAGAAAGACACGCGGACUGCCACCACCACCACCGAGGUAGUCAUCGUUGAACGCAGUGUUCCUAUCGUCAACAUUCGAUGUACCGACGUAGCCCUGUGCCCUUCUCGAGAGGGAAUCGUAUAUGUUAAUCCGUCGUAUAAGCUGCGACUCGUCAGUGAGUGUAUAUCUUCAUGCUCUUCCGCGCCAUUGGCGUUCAAAUGGGUCAUGUCGGAUGCCGGUGGUGUUCCAUUUGCCGUAACCACAACACAUUUUCCACUCGGAGUCAACCGUACCGAUCUGUCAGUUGAUGUGUCGUUCUUCAAAGAUAAUCCAACAGUUACAGAACUCCGCCUUGCAGUUGAUGUUACAGAUACCACGGGAGCAGUAGGAUCUUCCUCCUUCCUCCUCCGUCUGAAUCAGCCGCCGGCCCUGGGUAACUGCACCUUCCAAGCUCCUGCGACCUCAAGGGCGUUGAUAGAUUUGUUCUCUAUCGAAUGCCAGGGCUGGAGUGACCCAGAAAAUGUAGGAGUCCGUGGAUACAAAUUUAUUCUGGCAAAAAAUGGAAGCCUGGACAAAACAUUGGCUGAACUCCUCCACGGAACCUUUGAUAAAUACUCGACGCAGCUGGUUCUCCCGUCGGGAAUUUUCGACAUCGUCGCCGAAAUCAGCGAUGUCUGGGGCGCCUUCUACAGGAUAACUCUAGCGUCAAGCUUGGAGGUAGUACUGCCAACCCAAGAGGAACUCGCAAGCGUCAACACGACUGAACUCAUCGCAAGUCUGACCAGCUCAGGACAAUCCAGCCUUCUCACCAUGGUCCUAGCUGCUCAGAGCGACAUCAUGGCGAAGGCCUCGUGGGAGCAACUAAGCGCAGCAGCUACAGCCAACCUGUCACAAGAGGCCAUUGACCAACUGGUCAUCGCCAUGGCGGACAAGAACAACGCAGCUCUGGACAGCCUGCUGGAAACGACCAACUUCAACAGCUUAUCGUCCCUGGAGAGUGCCAGUGGGUCACUGUCUACUCUCAUGGAAACAGUUUCAUCCAGUCCAACAGCAUCCAAGACAAUUGACCUGAGCGCUAGGGAGAAAGUCGUCACGCUGGUGGAGAACAUGGUAGCUGGCCUGGACAACAUCGAAAUCCCAACUCCCGAGAUGCUUCAGAGCUUUGCUCAGAAUAUACUGACAGCUGUUGCUGGAAUCUCUAUGGGCACCGCAGACGUGAAUGCGGACACGAAGAACUGCUCUUCCGCCUCCCCUGCCGAUAUGAAAAACGCCCUCAACAUGGAUUACGACACGUCUCUGCCAGAUGACAUCAAUUUCGAAGUCCCAACUGAUCUAGCGACUUCCCAAAGAUGCAGCAUCCAAGAUAAGACUAAGGGAGCUACCGCUGACCAGGCACCCAGGAUGGAUAAGGCGCUGGAAUCUCUCUCUAAGAGCAUCUUGAAGAAAUUGGUCGUUGGAGAAGAAAUGACUAUAACAUCCCCUAAUGGAAUGGAGAUGAAGAUGGCUCUCCUUGAAGGAGACGCCUUGAAGGAACCGUUGACGUUAGGAUCCAAAGGGUCGUCUAUCACAUUCCCGGAGAACUUCUGCCCCACAGGAUGCUCGGCGCCCUUAGCAGUCAGCGCAAAGGAAUGGCCAGGUCCUACGCACCCUUACGCAGGAAAUGCCAUGAUGCUUUCCCCCAACGGCCGCGUAAUCGAAAUCGAUCUGUUCACCAGGAAUCUCGACGGAAUCUCCGUCAGUAAUCUCGAAACUCCUAUAACUCUUUCUAUGACGAGAGAUCCCCCACGUCAGCCGCCCCCAGAACCAGAGAAAGUCAACGCUUCGGGUGCCAGUGCAGAGCAAACUUACCCUGUAAUGUAUACCACGUUCAACGUAUCAUCGGAAGGCCUGUCAGUCAACGUGGAAAUCACGCCGAAAUGUCCCGAGCACCGUCUGUUCGUCAUGAUAUCGAGGCCCAGACUCCCUACUCUGAGGAACCACGAAAUCUUCUCCAUGGUCGUCGAUAUUCCCACCAAGAGGAAUGGCACCUACGACUGGUUCAUCCGGAGCUCUUUAAUCAACGGCACUGGGAGGUUCUUCGUAGGAGUGGGAGAAUUCAAGAAGGACUUCGACCCCAAGCUGAUGUCAGACCCCACCGCAAACGACGUCAAAAAUGAUGUCAUGACCAACGUCACCUGCGACUACACGAUGCGAGUCUUCACUGCGGGUUGUUUCUAUUUCAACACGAAGGAGAAGAGUUGGAUGUCUAAUGGACUGGAGGUUGUCUACGCGGAUUCCCAGCGCACCACGUGCGAGGCCACCCACCUCACCAGCUUCGGGAGCGGCUUCAUUGUGGCUCCGAACACAAUCGACUUCAACUACGUCUUCGCCAACAUGGGAUUCGAUGACAACCUCACCAUCUACAUCACCCUUAUCAUCAGCAUCACCAUCUUUAUCCUGAUGAUGGUGUGGGCUCGUUUAAAGGACAGGAAAGAUGUUAUGAAGCUUGGCGCAGCUCCCCUACCAGACAACAAAGUCGAGGAUAAGUACCUGUAUGAGAUGUUGGUCUUCACAGGCAACAAAAAAGAAGCCCAGACAGAUUCGACUGUCCAGUUCAUACUGUCUGGUAACCAGGCUGAGACAGACGUUCGGACCCUUGGUGACGACAGGCGGAAAAUAUUAAGAAAGGCUGAUGUGGACGUGUUCAUUCUUGCUGUUUCCAGGCCUCUGGGGUCUCUGCAAUUCCUCCGUAUAUGGCACAACAAUUCGGGGAAAGGGCCCAACGCCUCCUGGUUCCUCAGUUACAUUGUCUUCAGGGACGUUCAGACUGGAGAGAAAUACGAAUUCAUAGCCAAUCAGUGGUUUGCAGUUGAACGUGAGGACGGGAAGAUCGACCGCCUUCUGCAGGUAGCUGGGGAACAAGAGAAGACUGCUUUCAAGCACCUCUUCGAUGCAAAGUCAACUAAGAAUAUCUCCGACGCCCAUCUCUGGUUUUCAGUGUUCCUGAGACCACCUCGGUCGAGAUUCACCAGAUGUCAGCGAGUUGGCUGCUGUUUCGCUCUGCUCUUCCUGUCUAUGCUCGUGAAUGCCAUGUGGUAUGGUACUGUGACAGAGCAGCCAGGCACGGGGGGAUUGCAAUUUGGACCUUUCAACCUUAGUCCAGAACAGAUUGGCGUCGGAGUGAUGAGCAACAUCAUCGUCUUCCUCCCUUCAACGGUGAUCGUUCUUCUCUUCCGCAAAUCCAGACCUCGAAAACUUCGGAAGUCGAGAGUACAAGAGGCAGUGGAAAGAACUCGUCGACAGGCAGCUAAAGUCAGCAAUCCUGUUCCCAGAGGCAAAGACGUAGAGAGUGAAGGCAACAACACUUCAGAAGAUAAGAUAUCACCACAAAAUGAGAAUAAGAAGGAACAGGAGGAGGAGGAGAAGAAGAAGAAGAAGAAGAAAUUAACGCUUCCCUGGUGGUGUGUGAUCAUAGCCUGGAUAUUGGUGUGGGUCUGCAUAGCAGCAUCCUGCUUCUUCCUACUCAUGUAUGGAAUCCAGUUUGGCAACACCAAGACGACAAAGUGGGUCACCUCGCUCAUUAUCUCGUUCUUCUCGUCCAUUCUGUUCGUGCAGCCUUUGAAGAUCUUCGCGAUGGCCAUCUUCGCCAGCCUCAUCUGCAAAUCGGGAGACCUGGACGUAGACGACGCCGAUGAAGACGAAGAGGAUCCGGAUCUUCAGUACGACGAGACGUGGCUCCACUCGGAAUCAAAUGGCAAGAAACCGAAGGUUCUCCACAAGGAGGCAGAUUCCGUCUUGCUCAAAGUCCUUCGAGAACGACGCCAGAGGGAGCUGGAGAUGUACAUGAUCCUCAAGGAAGUCUUCUCGUACUUCAUGUUUAUCUGGGUGCUGCUCGUGCUCUCGUACGGAAACAGGGACCCGAACGCCUUCUUCCUCCGGCAGACGCUGACGCAGAAUUUUAUCCACGAAGGCUUGGGCGAUAGCACAGAUUUCAGCAAGGUCUCAAACUCAGAUGAACUCUGGUCCUAUCUCCAGACUGGCCUUUUGUCGAACCUUCGGUUGGAGGAGUACUACAACGGGCAACCUCCCUACGGACUCAAAGGAUUCUUUAAUGACCAAUGCAAUCGGAUCAUGGGUUAUGCCACCAUCAAGCAGAUACGGACGAAGCUGAACACUUGCAGGGUCCCCGAAGCAAUGAAAUUCAUCUCAAAACGUUGUAGCGGAUACGCAGGCGCAUCAAUGGAAGACGAAGACGAUUACUGUGAGAAUUGGCAACGUCCCACCAAUCUGACCAGGAACGACUCUUCCUGCCAAGCUGCGGAGUUCAAGCACACAAGCGCCCUAACCCUGGCCAGCAUGCCCGUCUGGGGCAGCAGAGAUUGGUAUGGGGCAGGUGGUUACGUCAUCCGUCUCCAGGGAUCCAGCAAAUCCAUCCUGGACAGAUUCACUUACCUGCAGAAGCACAAGUGGAUCAAUGAAGGCACCAGGGCUGUCUUGGUCGAGUUCUCCUCUUACAAUGCUCAGGUAAAUCUCUUUGGCACCGUACGGAUAAUGGCCGAGUUCACACCUGGGGGCGGAAUUACUCCUUCAUACAGAUUCGACGGCAUCAAACUCAUCCAACACCACGACAACUUCGGCCUGUUCGUCAUCAUCUGCGAGGCGUCCUUCGUCCUGUUCGUGUUGUAUUACACUUACAGAGAGAUCAGCCUCGUUUGCAAGGACAAGCGGGCCUACUUCACCAGCUACUGGUCCUACGCUGAGAUAGCCAUUAUUAUAGCGUCUUACAGUGCUAUGAUUUUAUACGGUCUCAGGUACUUUGCGACGAGCAAGGUCCUCGAUAUCUUCAACAGGACCUUCGGGAACGGCUAUGUCAGCUUACAGUACGCCGCAUCCCUGGACGCAAUGUACGGAUACAUCAUCGCCUUCAUCGUCUUUGUCGGGUCUCUCAAGUUCAUCAAGUUGCUCAGGUUCAACAAGAGAAUGGGCGUGCUGUCAGCCACCCUGGCCCUGUGCUGGGACGACCUGCAAGGGUUCAUGAUCGCCUUCUGCGUCUCCUUCGUGGCGUUCUCCAUCCUCUUCUUCCUCCUCCUCUCAGCCUUUCUCGUCGAGUUCAGCAACUUCAUUGGGACCGUCGAGACUGCUUUCAGCAUGAUGUUAGGUAAAUUCAACUUCGACGAGAUGAAAGAAGCCAACAGCUUGACCCCCAUGAUGUUCUUCAUCUUCGUCCUCUGCAAUUCGUGGGUCCUUAUCAAUCUUUUGCUGACUGUGAUCAUCAAAUCGUUCGAGGAGAUAAAGCACGACCUGAAGAAGCAGCCAGACGACUACGUCCUCGUGCCCUUCAUCCUGGAACGCUUCAAGGCGUUGCUGGGCAUCCAACAGGCUGUCCAAAUCGCCCCUCUGAAAACCACGGCCGUCACUGUCCCGUCCAAGGAUGCGGAUAAUGUCAAAGAACUUCCGGACAAAGUCGACAAGUUCGUCCAGUUCCUGGACCAAAUGUACUUCGGCGGGAAACUCCAGCAAGGCAAGGAGGGGCUGAAGGGGUCGCAGAACGACACCGUACGAGCAGGGUGGUACGGGGAGUUGCAGGAGAAGUCGCAGUAUCGGCCAUCUCAAUGAUCGAGAUCGAUCUCAGGAAAUGGCCAUUUGAUUCUUCACGGAAACAACUCUUGAAAAACAACUUGAAAUUAAUUACUUUUAUUAUUUAUUUAUUUAUGUUGAUUAUUUUUUUUUUUGACCACAGCAACGUACGUUGCUGGAGACCUUGCUAAAGAUGUGAAGUUGGGACAACAUGGAACUAAAUUAAAUCUCAUUACAGAACUUAAGUCUAUUUUGUAUUCAAAGUUCCAUUAGUAAAGUUUCUGCUAUUCACGUCGACUUUUAUGCGAGAAAACUCACGGUGAAACAAUACUGUUUAAGCGCAUAUGCA